AUGGAAGAUCCACUGGAUGUGAUUAGCGCUGAUAAGGAGAAUGAACGGAGAAUGAGCAUCGAGAGAAUUUACCAGAAGAAGUCUCAGCUUGAGCAUAUCCUUCUGCGACCUGAUACGUACAUUGGAUCCGUAGAAUACACAGACCGAGCGGUGAGUUUUUCCAAUCAAAUGCAAUUGAAUUUGGUUUCUGAUACAUUCCAAGAUUGUCUGAUCUCCACUCUAAUUAGUUCUUUUGGACUAGAACUAGACCUUUUUAGAAAUUAA